AUGAGUACAACUUCCGAUUUGACUCAUUCAACUCGAUUAGCUCUAUCUAAUCUCGAAUCAUUACGACAUGAACAUAAUUUAUUAUUUUCAUCAACUAUUGAUGAAGAUAAACGUCAAUGCCUUCAACAAUCACUUGAAUCUGUUGAUUUGGGUAUUGGUGAAGGUUUUGUUAUGUUACAACUUGAUAAUCAUUUAGAAAAUCUUGAUAGUGAAACACAUAAAUUAAUGUUACAAGUUCAAAGGUUAACACAAGAAAAUAAUUGGUUACGUGAAGAACUUUCUCUAACUGAAAAACAUCUACAAACAAGUACACAAUUACGACAAGAUUAUGAACGUGAUAUUCGUUUAUUAAAUGAAUCAUUAGCAUCAUCACAAUCAAUUUCAAAUCAUUUAAAUUUAACAUCUAUUAUUGAUAUUGAUAAAGAAAUGCCAAUUGAAACAAAAGAACAAAUACAAACAAAUUUAAAUAAUUCUAAUCAAGAAACAAAAAAUCAUUCAGAUAUACCACCACGUUUUCGUACAUUACACAAUCUUGUUAUUCAAUAUGCACAAGCUGGUCGAUAUGAAGUUGCUGUACCAUUAUGUCGACAAGCUCUUGAAGAUCUUGAGAAAACUCAUGGACAUACACAUCCAGAUGUAGCUACAAUGUUAAAUAUUCUUGCAUUAGUUUAUCGUGAUCAAAAUAAAUUUAAAGAAGCCUUACAGUUAUUAACGGAAGCAUUAACAAUACGAGAAAAAACACUUGGCAUGGAACAUCCAGCUGUAGCUGCAACAUUAAAUAAUUUAGCUGUACUCUAUGGAAAAAAGAAUCGAUAUAAAGAAGCAGAACCAUUAUGUAAACGUGCAUUAGAAAUUCGUGAGAAAUUUUUUGGUCAUGAUCAUCCAGAUGUUGCAAAACAAUUAAAUAAUUUAGCAUUAUUAUGUCUCAAUCAAAGUAAAUAUGAUAAAGUUGAAGAAUAUUAUAAACGUGCUAUUGAAAUUUAUACAAAACAUUAUGGUAAAAAUGAUUCAAAUGUAAUCAAAACAAAAAAUAAUCUUGCAUCAGCAUAUUUACGUGAAGGAAAAUAUAAAUAUGCUCUUCAAUUAUAUCAAGAAAUUUUAUUUGAAUCAAAUGAACAGUCUCAAAUAUUAUCGACUAAUCGAGAUAUAACACCAAUUAUGACAACAUUGAAAAAUCUUGGUGCACUUUGUCGUCGACAAGGUCUUUAUGAACAAGCGGAUUUACUUGAAUCGUGUAUAGUAAAAUAUUCACAAAAUCAAUCUGAAGCACUUCAAGAUGCAUUAAAUUUUCUUCGACAAUUACGUAUCAAUGAUGAUAUUAAUCAUGAUAUAAUGCGACGUUCUUGUCAAGCAUCAUCUUCACAAGAAUAUGGAAAAUUACGUCGUAGUGGCUCAUUUCAAAAACUACGUCAAAGUAUACGACGUGGUUCAGAAAAACUUGUACAAAAACUUCGUGGAACACCUUCGAAUCUUCCAUCAUUUAAUUCAAUGCAAUUUCAGGAACAAAAUGGAUCGAUAAAACGUGCAUCAUCAAUGUCUGUUUUACAUCAAGUUUCACCAUUAUAUCCUCUUCAACAACAACAAACAAAUCGAACAUUAUCAAAUGUGUGUUCAAUUGAUCAUCAACAACAAAAUAAACAACAAUUUAUUCCACCAUCUCGUGGUCGAUUGACAAGUGCAGAAAAUCUUCAUUGA